UAUAACCGUUGUAGGCCCCUUUCCCAUUGUCAAAUCAAUUCCUUUUGGCGAUCACCGAAUUAUCACCAGUAUAUCUUAGACUUCGAUACAUCAACCUUUCUGUUGAAGAUUUAAGCUAGAAAUACAAAAUGGCUCGAAAACUAUCACCGGAGGAAAUCCAAGUCUUCAAAGAGCUCUUUGACUCAUAUGACACAGAUAAGGGCGGCAAUAUAACUGUGGAAGAAUUUGCGAAAGUAAUGUCCCAGAGUCCUGGAAAACAGCCGACAGCAGAAGAAGUGCAGCAAAUCGUCAAGGAGGUUGAUCUCGACGGUGAUGGAACUAUCAACUUCAAUGAGUUUAUCACGAUGAUGACAGGACAGACGUACCCUCCAGUGGACGAUGAGGUUGACUACGCUAAAGCGUGGAAGCAAUAUGAGCCCUCCCUCAAGGGCUCAAUUACACAAAGUCAAUUCCGGCAACUCGUAGCGGGAUUAGGAGAGCCUAUCGGCGACGUUGAAAUUGAUCGAAUAAUCAAUAACGUCGAUGGAGAAGGCAAGAUCACCUUCCAAGAGUUUGAAACUUUCAUGAAGAAUAGGAAGCUGGUGGAUGAUAUUGUGAAGGGUUAUCAGUGAUCAGCUUCAUAUAAUGCCGCACAUGGCUAACAGUGAUGGAUUAAUGUAUGGUAUUGAUGGUUCGAAGGCUAUCUUUUGGCGGUGUUGUUAUCACUGCUCCCGUCGAAGGAAGAAAAUCUACGU